GGCCAUAACAACACACAACUAUAAUUUUUGAAGAAAAUUAUCACAUUUUUUCAAAGAAAAUGUGAUGGGAAGGCUCAUGGAUUAGUUUAUUUCAACAGUGAGAGUUUUAUAGGAAUUCAAACAAGCGUUUAUUGGAAAGAUGUCUACGGCACCUGUGCCACCUAUAAAUGGCCAUCAAGGCACAAAUGGAGUUCUAAAUGGAGGAACACCGAGAGAAAAUGGAAUAUCUAAUGGAACAAUGAAUGGAGAAACCCCCAGAAGCAGGGGCAAGCUGGGAGGGAUAGGACCUGAUGGUUAUCCUCGUCUACCCCCCAUAACCAAACCAAGUCAAAGAGUUGACGACCCCUAUGCCAACAGCAAGCUCAUGAAAUUUAGACUUGCCAAUCACAAACAAGCAAUGUUGAUGAAGAUUUUACAUGACCAAGCAGAAAAAGACUUAUUGGACACAGAAGAAUUCUGUGAGAAACACCCAGAUAAAAAUGCUAACCCAGAUUAUCCUCAAGAGAUGAUGAGUAAGGAACGCAGAAUAAGGUUGAAUUAUCAAUACCUGAAGAAAUGUGUGGAGGCAGGACCCGUAACUCCUGUACAGAGGCACUGGAAUGACAACAUUCUACAGAUGGUCCCCGAGAAACUGCAGCAGAACCCCGCCCUGCAGGCCUCUAUCAGGGACCUGUUUGCAGAGGUCAAAGAGGAUUACAAUUCCAGCAUGAAAAAAUCUAUGGUGCAACAUGUACUGAUAAAGCCAGAAGUGAAAGGAUUAGACAAUGAUGUGGCUGGACCCCCACCAUCAGAACCGAGUGGAUUGGACUACUCUCGGCCGUGGCAUGAUAGUUACGUGGCAUCCAGGCUGAGCAUAAAAGAAAACCUACACACCCUCCAUCCCUCUAUGCAGACUGUACUGAAGAUGUGUCAGUCUACACUGGGCAACAUGAUAUUGGUGGACUGCUCAAAUUUCAGAGCCAAUGGACCAGUAGAAUUUGAGUCCUUUAAGAACACCCUUAUUCUGGACCUAGAGAAAACAGAAGAUAAACUGAACAAUAGUUGGUUCCCUGGCAUCAUCAAUGUCUUUGCAGACAAGAACACAUUUGUUUCACCCAAGGCUGAAAAACUGGAUUCAUUCUUUGAAUGUGUGACAACACUGAUCUCAAACCAGCUGAAAGAUUUACUAGUGAGAACCAUUGACAGUUAUGUCACACUGUUUGACCCGAAUGACAAGUCCAAGCUUCCCUUGAUGAAGAUGGAGCUGACGUUUGAUGACCAGAAGAUGCAGUUUUAUCCUCCAAAAGAGGAUUUGGAGGAAACUGUCCUCUUUGUGGUCAACCAUAUCUGUAAGGCCAUGCAGCAAGUGCCCACUGUCCAAUCAUGGUUGGCUGGUGGCAGCACUGUCAAUCACACAGAUGCCACUGUGGCUGAGCAUGUGGUGAAAGCCGCAGUUCAGACAUUGAAGGAGGCAGUGAAGAGAGAAUUUGAGGGACCACAGUUACACCUAGACUCAUUUGUUAAGAGAUAUGACUACAUUGUGAAUGGUGAGGCUCUGAAAGAAAUUCAAGAAUAUGUGAAAUAUGAGCACACAUUUGCUGAGUAUCAGAAGCAUAUUGAUAGAUACAGAAACCUUGCAAGUGAAAUCAUGGGCCUGCCGAGUAUUGAACACUUUGACAUGAUUCGUUUGGAUUGUGAGGAUUUGAAGCGAGGUUUGGCUGAGGCUGCUCGAGGACUGGCAGAUGAACUCCUCAGGAAAGUAUCAGAUGACCACAGAGCUGAAAACAAGAGCAUCUGUGAGGAAUUUCAGACCAUCAGAGAUCGAGCUCUGAAAACCCCCGACUCAAGUGAAGAGUUGAUGGAAAUGGUCAAGUUUACACAGGAAGCUAGAACCUCAGGAAUGGUUAAAUUGAAUGAACGAAUCAAGGAAUCUAAGGAUCGCCUGGCCUAUCUUAUUGAUGUUUACAUGUUCCCUCCAGAAGACAUUGAAUUGAAUUGUGAGGUUCUGACUUGGCCAAAGAGAAUCUCACCAGUCUUUGAUGAGAACGAUGAGCUGAUAGAGAAAUCCAAACAAGCUGGAGAGCGCCAGUUAUUGGAGAAGAGAGAGAAGGUCAUUGCAGAACUGGAGAAACUACGACAACGUGUGGAUGAAUUUAAUGAUUAUGGUGAAUUGGACAUGAUGACCCAAUAUGUACAAGAUGUCCGUGCUGUACAAAAGCGUCUGGCCGAUGUACAGGAACAAAUCAGCUUCAUCAACAAGGAAGAACAUCUAUACAAAUACCCAAUUUCCACUUAUCAAGCCGAUGUGGAUGAAAUCACAAGUCAAGUGGAGCCAUUCUACAGACUCUUCAAUAUUGUGCUCAAGUGGCAGAAAGCCGAGAAAAAGUGGAUGGAUGGAGCUUUCAUGGAUCUGGAUGCAGAACAAGUGGAAGGCGAGGUGGAUGAGUACACUAGAGAGAUCUACAAAGUCCAGAAGGUGUUCAAUUCUCGUCUCAAGAAAAUCCAGAUGGAGGUGGAUGAUCGUAACCGUGAGAGAAAGAAGCGAAGGCGACAUGCCGAGGAGAGCGGGCAGGAAAUCGCACCAGAAGAUCAGGAUGAAGUUGUUGUUCAACCUCAGGGAAUGGAGAUCUGCACCAAGGUCCAGGACAGCAUGAGAGACUUCAAGGAAAAUGUUCCAAUCAUUGGUGUUAUGUGCAACAAGGGUAUGCGACCCCGCCAUUGGUCCAGAAUGUCCGAGCUUAUGGGCUUUGACAUUACACCCAAUGCAGGAACUACUCUCCGUAAAGUGCUCAAACUGGAAAUCGCUCCUCAUAUGGAGAUGUUUGAGGGCAUUAGUGCAGCUGCUACCAAGGAACAUUCCUUGGAGAAGGCCAUGGCUAAGAUGAUGGAAGAUUGGGACACAAUCAACUUCAAUCUGAUUGCGUACCGUGACACGGGGAUCAGCAUUCUGUCCUCAGUGGAUGAUAUCCAGACCACACUGGACGAUCAAAUCGUCAAAACUCAGACCAUGAGAGGCUCACCAUUCAUCAAACCAUUUGAAACAGAAAUCAAGGAAUGGGAGGAGAGGCUCCUCAGAAUCCAGGACACAAUUGAUGAGUGGCUGAAGGUCCAGUCUCAGUGGCUGUACCUAGAACCCAUUUUCUCCUCGGAGGACAUCAUGCAGCAGAUGCCAGAGGAAGGAAGACUAUUUCAGAUCGUGGACAAAAACUGGAAAGAUGUCAUGAGGCACACUACCAAAGACCCCAAGGUGUUGGUAGCCACCAAUCUACCAGGGCUGUUGGAAAAACUUCAAGACAGUAAUGGUCUGCUAGAUAAGAUCAUGAAAGGACUGAAUGCUUACUUAGAGAAAAAACGUCUCUUCUUCCCACGAUUCUUCUUCUUGUCCAACGAUGAAAUGUUGGAAAUUCUCUCCGAGACCAAAGACCCACUUAGAGUGCAGCCACAUUUGAAGAAGUGUUUUGAAGGCAUUGCCAAAUUGGAAUUUGAUAGUAAACUGGACAUUCAUGCUAUGUUUAGUAGUGAAGGAGAGAAAAUCAAGUUGGUACAGACAAUAUCAACAUCCGAGGCCAGAGGGGCUGUAGAAAAAUGGCUGCUGCAAGUACAGGAUGUCAUGCUGGCAUCUGUGAGGGAAGUGUGUGCACACUCAAUGGAGGCAUAUGCCAUUGAAGCACGUAUCGAUUGGGUCCGAGACUGGCCUGGUCAGGUAGUUCUGUGUGUGUCACAGGCUUACUGGACACAGGAGGUCCACGAGGCCAUCAGAGGGGGCCCUGGGGGACUGAAGGAUUACUGGGAUAAACUGCAGGCUCAGCUGGGAGACAUUGUUGUCCUGGUCCGAGGCAAACUCUCCAAACAGACUCGUACCACACUGGGAGCUCUGGUCGUCAUUGAUGUACAUGCUAGAGAUGUAGUGCUACAGAUGGCUGACAAGGGUGUCUCGUCGGAAAAUGACUUUGCUUGGUUGGCUCAGCUCCGAUACUACUGGGAGGAAGAAAACAUGAGAGUCAGAAUGACCAAUGCUACAGUGAAGUAUGCUUAUGAAUACCUGGGUAACACACCCCGAUUGGUCAUCACUCCACUGACGGACAGGUGCUACAGAACUCUGAUUGGUGCUUUCCAUUUGAAUUUGAAUGGGGCUCCUGAGGGGCCAGCAGGAACUGGAAAGACAGAGACCACUAAGGAUCUGGCCAAGGCUUUGGCUGUCCAGUGUGUGGUGUUUAACUGUUCUGAUGGCUUGGAUUACUUGGCUAUGGGAAAAUUCUUUAAAGGUCUGGCUUCAGCAGGUGCAUGGGCUUGCUUUGAUGAAUUCAACAGAAUUGAUCUAGAAGUGUUGUCUGUCAUUGCCCAACAGAUUUUAUGCAUCAUCCGUGCUGUGAGAGCUAAAGUAGAUGUCUUCGUGUUUGAGGGCACAGAGCUCUCCCUGAAUCCCAACUGUUAUGUGUGCAUCACCAUGAAUCCAGGUUAUGCCGGUCGUUCGGAGCUUCCAGACAACCUGAAGGUGUUGUUCCGGACAGUGGCAAUGAUGGUUCCAGACUACGCCAUGAUUGCUGAGAUUUCUCUGUACUCAUUUGGUUUCCAGAAUGCCAGAAAUCUGUCAGUUAAGAUUGUGACUGUGUACAGACUCUGUUCUGAGCAGUUAUCCUCACAGUUUCACUAUGAUUACGGAAUGAGAGCAGUAAAAGCUGUCCUCUCAGCUGCUGGCAAUCUCAAACUCAGAUUUCCCGACGAGGAUGAGGAUAUACUGUUGCUGAGGUCUAUUAUUGAUGUCAAUCUUCCCAAGUUCUUGUCUCACGACAUUCCACUGUUCAAUGGUAUCACCUCAGAUCUGUUCCCCGGAGUCAAGCUUCCUGAAGCAGACUACAAGGUCUUCUUAGAUGCCAUGAUGAGGGUGGCUGCCAAGAAAAAUCUGCAGUUUGUGGAUUUCUUCAAAGAGAAACUCAUCCAGACUUAUGAAAUGAUGAUCGUCAGACAUGGCUUCAUGUUGGUGGGAGAACCUUUUGGCUGUAAGACUAUGGUCAUAGAAACACUCUGUGAGGGUAUGACCUUAUUGAAUGAAGAGGGGCAUGAUGAGGACUAUGAGAAAGUCCUAUACCGAAUCAUUAAUCCCAAAUCCAUUACAAUGGGUCAGCUAUUCGGUCAGUUUGACCCAGUUUCUCAUGAGUGGACAGAUGGUGUUGUGGCUAACACCUUCCGAGAGUUUGCUUCUACUGACACUCCGGACAGGAAGUGGGUCGUCUUUGAUGGACCAAUUGAUGCCUUGUGGAUUGAAAACAUGAACACAGUGUUGGAUGACAAUAAGAAACUAUGCUUGAUGAGUGGAGAAAUUAUACAGAUGUCAAAUCCCAUGAGUCUUAUCUUUGAAACAAUGGAUUUAGCUCAGGCCUCGCCGGCCACAGUGAGCAGGUGUGGUAUGGUGUACCUAGAGCCCACGACCCUGGGCUGGAGACCAAUCGUGAAAUCCUGGAUUGAAGCAUUUGGAGAGAUCAUGGCACGGGAAUGUGCGGAAGUCGUCCAUGACAUGUUUGAGUGGCUGAUUGAUCCUUGUCUAGACUUUGUCAGGAAAAAUACGAAAGAGUAUCUUGGGUCUAAGCAGGCCAAUCAGGUUCGUUCUCUGAUGUACAUGAUUGACAUGUUGAUGUCAGAGACCUUGAGCAAGGAAGAUGCCAACGAAAACAAGCACAUCAAGAAUUACACCAUGUGCGCCAUGAUUUUCUCCAUCCCAUGGAGCAUUGCUGCUGUUGUAGACAAUGAUGGCCGACAGAAAUUUGACACAUUCUUUAAGGAACUACUGGGUGGAAAAAUUGACAGCUCUCCAGUGCCAAAAUCAGUGGGCAAAUUCGAUGUCCCCAUGCCAGAGGCUAUGAACUGUUAUGAUGUCUUCUUUGAGUUUAAGGCCAGAGGUACCUGGCACCAUUGGAAUGACCUCAUUAAAGGACAGGAGAGUAAGGCUAAGAAAAUCCGAGAAAUGUUGGUCCCGACCAUGGACACCGCCCGAUACACCUAUCUGCUAUCUCUCUGUAUUGAACAUGACAGACCCAUUCUGUUUGUGGGCCCUACUGGUACUGGUAAGAGUGUUUACGUCCAGGACAAACUUAUGAACCACCUAGAGAAGGACAGAUACCUCCCAGCAUUUGUCAACUUUUCCGCCCAGACGAGUGCCAACCAGACACAGAACAUUAUCAUGUCUCGUCUGGACAAGAGGAGGAAGGGGGUAUUCGGACCACAGAUGGGGAAAAAGGCUAUUAUUUUUGUUGAUGACCUUAACAUGCCCCAGAAGGAGGUGUACGGGGCCCAGCCCCCUAUAGAGCUGCUGAGGCAGUAUAUUGAUCAUGGAUACUGGUAUGAUCUAAAAGAUACCAGCAAAAUAACACUACAAGAUGUCCUGUUCUUGGCGGCCAUGGGACCACCAGGUGGUGGCAGAAACGAUGUCACCGCACGAUUCCUACGCCAUUAUAACAUCAUUGGAAUAAACCCCUUCAGUGAAGAAACCAUGAUUAAGAUUUUCUCUAUUCUUUUGACCACUUACUUAAGGCAAGCAGAAUUUUCUACGGAGUAUUAUGCUUUGGGUAAUCAGAUUGUAGCAGCUACCAAUGACAUGUACAAGCAGGCUAUCGCUAACCUAUUGCCGACACCAGCUAAAUCCCACUACGUCUUUAACUUACGAGAUUUCUCCAGGGUCAUUCUUGGUAUCUGUUUAAUAAAGAAGACAGAGGUGGAAAGCAAAAGAACUAUGAUUAGAUUGUGGGUACACGAAGUUAUGAGAGUCUUCUAUGAUCGUCUGACAGAUGAUGCUGAUCGAGCCUGGCUGUUUAAGAGCACUGGCAGUGUAUGUAAGGAAUAUUUCAAGGAAAGCUUUGAUGUCAUCUUUGAACACUUGGCUGGAGAUGGAACAGGCGAGGGCAAGGUUCGUGAGGAGGAUCUAAGAUCUUUGAUGUUUGGGGAUUACAUGAACCCUGAUGCUGAGGCUGAAGAGAGAGUGUACCUUGAAGUCACAUCUUUAGAUGAAAUGUACAAAAUUGUAGAACAGUGUCUAGAGGAAUACAACAAUACACAUAAAACCAGGAUGAAUCUUGUUAUAUUUAGAUAUGUGCUUGAACACUUAUCCCGAAUUUGUCGAGUUUUGCGUAUCCCAGGAGGCAAUGCUUUAUUGGUUGGAGUGGGCGGUAGUGGACGUCAAUCUUUGACCAGACUGGCUACUGCUAUGGCAGGCUACAAUCUUUUCCAGCCAGAAAUCUCUAAAAAUUAUGGCAAAGUAGAAUGGAGGGAGGACAUUAAGUCUGUAUUGACAAGCUGUGGAGCCCAAGGAAAGACAACUGUGUUCCUGAUCACAGACACACAGAUUAAGGAGGAGUCAUUCUUAGAGGACAUUGAUAACUUACUAAACACAGGAGAAGUCCCCAAUCUGUUUGCUGCUGAUGAGAAAGCAGAAAUCAUGGAGGCUGUAAGACCACAUGCCCAGGCUGGAGACAAGAUGGCUGACUUCAGUCCUCUGGCUUUGUUUGCCUUCUUUGUAAAUCGUUGUCGUGAGAACUUACAUAUUAUCAUCGCCUUCAGUCCUAUUGGUGAUGCCUUCAGAAACAGACUACGACAGUUCCCUGCCCUCAUUAACUGCUGUACCAUUGACUGGUUCCAGACUUGGCCAGACGAUGCUUUGGAGAGAGUAGCCAAUAAAUUCUUGGAGCAGGUCGAGCUAGCUGACAACGAACGUAAAGAGACCACACACAUCGUCAAGUAUUUCCAUCAGAGCACCAUCAGAUUGUCUGAUAGAUAUUUCUCAGAGCUGGGUCGUCAUAAUUAUGUCACUCCUACAUCAUAUCUAGAGUUGAUCAACUCUUUUAAGAAUUUACUGUCCACAAAGCAAGAUGAAACCAUGAAGGCCAAGAGGAGAUAUGUGGUGGGAUUAGAAAAGCUGGCUUUUGCUGCUUCACAGGUAGCUACUAUGCAAAAGGAACUUGAGGAACUGCAACCCCAGUUGGUGGUGUCCCAGGAGGAGAAUGCCAAGAUGAUGGUAGUCAUUGAGAAAGAAUCAGUAGAGGUGGAGGCCACCAGCAAAGUGGUGCGAGCAGAUGAGGCGGUGGCCAAUGAACAAGCUGCUCAGGCACAGGCCCUCAAGGAUGAAUGUGAGGCAGAAUUGGCUGAGGCCAUUCCUGCUUUGGAAGCUGCAUUGGCUGCCUUGAACACACUCAAGCCCCAAGAUAUCACCAUUGUGAAGUCUAUGAAGCAGCCACCAGCUGGAGUCAAGCUUGUCAUGGCUGCUGUGUGUGUAAUGAAGGACAUCAAGCCAGACAAGAUUAAUGAUCCAGAUAAACCAGGACAGAAGAUCUUUGACUACUGGGGACCCUCCAAAAAACUGCUGGGAGACAUGAGCUUCCUGAGCAUGCUCAAGGAGUAUGAUAAAGACAACAUUCCUGUCCAUGUUAUGCAGAAGAUCAGAAAGGAAUACAUUUCAAACCCUGAAUUUGACCCUGCUAAAGUGGCCAAUGCCUCCUCUGCUGCAGAGGGUCUGUGUAAAUGGAUCCUGGCCAUGGAAAUCUAUGACAGGGUGGCCAAAGUGGUUGCACCCAAAAAGGUAAAAUUAGCCGAGGCUGAGGCCGAGUUGAAAACAACUAUGGACCAACUAAACAAGAAACGUGCUGAACUGGCAGCUGUAGAAAAACGCUUGGCAGAUCUCCAGGCCACAUUCAAGGAAAUGACUGACAAGAAAGAACAGCUGGAAUUCCAGGUGGAUCUUUGUGGAAAGAAGUUGGAGAGAGCUAAGAAGCUGAUUGGAGGUCUUGGUGGAGAGAAGGCUAGGUGGACAGCAGCCGCAGAGAAUUUACAGAACAUUUAUGAUAACUUAGUUGGUGAUGUUUUGAUUUCUGCUGGUGUCAUUGCAUACUUGGGACCUUUCACUAUGGCCUUCAGAGAACAGUGUACAGUAGACUGGGUGAAAAUCUGCACAGAGAGGCAGAUUCCCUGCUCUCAAGAAUUCUCUCUCAGCAAAACUCUUGGAGAACCAAUCAAAAUUCAGGCCUGGAAUAUCUUUGGAUUGCCAAGAGACAGUUUCUCCAUCGAUAAUGGUGUCAUUGUAGCCAACUCAAGGAGAUGGCCCUUGAUGAUUGACCCUCAAGGACAGGCAAACAAGUGGGUCAAGAACAUGGAGAAAGAAUUCAAGCUGUCAGUGAUCAAACUGACCGAUUCUGACUACAUGAGGACUCUGGAGAACUGCAUCACCUUUGGGAACCCCUUACUGCUGGAGAAUGUCGCAGAAGAGUUGGACCCCUCACUGGAGCCUCUACUUCUUAAACAAACAUACAAACAAGCUGGAGUUGACAUGAUCAAGAUUGGUGAGAAUGUGAUUGAGUACAGUAAAGACUUUAGGUUCUACAUCACCACUAAACUGAGGAACCCCCAUUACCUCCCUGAAAUUGCAGUCAAAGUGUCCCUCCUCAACUUCAUGAUCACCCCCGAGGGUCUAGAGGAUCAACUGCUGGGAAUUGUGGUCGCUAAAGAAAGACCAGAGUUGGAAGAGGAGCGUCAGGCCCUGAUUGUACAGAGUGCUGCCAACAGAAAGGCCCUCAAGGAGAUUGAGGACAAGAUUCUCCACACUCUCUCUGCCUCUGAGGGCAACAUCCUUGAGGAUGAGUCUGCCAUCAAGGUCCUCGACUCCUCCAAAAUCCUCUCUGAUGAAAUCUCCAAAAAACAGAAGAUUGCAGAGGAGACCGAGCAGAAGAUUGACACCAGUCGUAUGGGAUACCGUCCCAUUGCCAAGCACUCUUCCAUUCUCUUCUUCUCCAUCGCUGACCUCCCCAAUAUUGACCCCAUGUACCAGUAUUCUCUGACCUGGUUUGUCAACCUCUACAUCAUGUCCAUCCAGGACAGCAAUAAAUCCAAAAUACUUGAACGUCGCCUUCGAUACCUCAAAGAUCACUUCCAGUACCAGCUCUAUGACAAUGUGUCACGCUCAAUUUUUGCCAAACACCGUGGUGUCUUUACCUUUAUACUGUGUGCAAAUUUACUUUUCAAUAAGUCCAAGAUCUUGGAUCGUCGCUUGCGCUACCUGUCGGACCACUUUACGUACAGUCUGUACUGUAAUGUCUGUCGCUCCCUCUUUGAGAAAGACAAACUUCUUUUCUCUUUCAUUCUAUGUUCCAAUAUGUUGCUAUCCAAGAAUGAGCUUGAUGUAAAUGAGUUCAUGUUUUUCCUGACUGGAGGUGUGGGCCUGGAGAACAAACUCGCUAACCCCGCCCCCACGUGGCUAACGGACAAGAGUUGGGAUGAAAUCUGUCGUCUCAGUGAUCUCAAGAAAUACAAGAAAUUCAGAGACCACUUUACAAAGAACAUAGACAAAUGGAACCAGUAUUACAACGCAAGAGAACCUCACAAUGAAGAGUUACCUGCCCCUUGGCAGGAGGAGCUCAAUGAUUUCCAGAGGAUGAUCAUUCUCAGGGUCAUAAGGCCAGACAAGGUGAAUCCUGCCAUCACUAAUUUUGUGAGAGAGAAACUGGGUAAAAAGUUUGUGGAACCACCACCCUUUGACUUGGCAAAGAGUUACCAAGACUCUAACUGCUGUGCUCCUCUCAUCUUCAUUCUGUCCCCUGGGGCUGACCCAACCAUGGCCCUCCUGAAAUUUGCAGAAGACAAGGGAUUCUCUGGAAACAAGUUCAACUCCAUUUCUCUGGGUCAGGGACAGGGACCCAUUGCUGCUAAGAUGAUCAGUGAAGCGAGACAGGAUGGGUCAUGGGUCAUGCUACAAAACUGUCACUUGGCUGUGUCAUGGAUGACCCCUCUAGAGAAGACUUGUGAAGACUUCACACCAGAGAACACACACUCGGACUUCAGGCUCUGGCUGACCAGCUAUCCAUCACCCAAGUUCCCUGUGACAGUGCUACAGAAUGGAGUCAAGAUGACCAAUGAACCUCCCACUGGACUCCGACAGAAUCUGCUGCAGUCCUACCUCAAUGAUCCGGUCAGUGAUGAGGAGUUUUUCAAGGGAUGUCCAGGGAAGGAGCUGCCAUUUGAGAAGCUUCUCUUUGGUCUGUGCUUCUUCCAUGCCUUGGUUCAGGAGAGGAGGAAAUUCGGACCCCUUGGAUGGAACAUUCCAUAUGGCUUCAACGAAUCAGAUCUCCGAAUCUCCAUUAUGCAGUUACAGAUGUUUAUUAAUGAGUAUGAUGAGGUUCCAUUUGAUGCCAUCAGCUACAUGACUGGAGAGUGUAACUAUGGUGGUCGUGUCACAGAUGACUGGGAUCGACGACUACUGCUCACCAUGCUGGCAGAUUUCUACACUCCUAACAUCAUCACAGAAAGCCGCUAUAAAUUCUCCCCCAGCGGGUCGUACUACUCCCCUCCCAAGGGAACUUAUGAAGACUAUGUUGAAUUUAUCAAGUCCCUCCCCCUAAACCAGCACCCUGAGGUGUUUGGAAUGCAUGAGAAUGUGGACAUCUCUAAGGAGCUGCAGGAGACUAAGCUAUUGUUUGAUUCUGUCUUACUGACCAGGGGAGGAUCAGGAGGUGGAGGGGGUGGAUCUACAGAUGAUCAACUCUACACCAUUGCAGGCGACAUUCUUGGCAAGCUUCCAAAAGAUUUUGACAUAGAAACAGCUGGCAAGAAAUACCCAGUGUCCUAUAAAGAGAGCAUGAAUACAGUGCUGGUACAAGAAAUGGAAAGAUUUAACAGGCUAUUGUCCAUUGUCCGCUCGAGUUUGGUCAAUCUUCAGAAAGCUAUUAAAGGCUUGGUAGUCAUGUCUGCUGAGCUGGAAGCCCUAGCCAGCAGCUUGCUGAUUGGCAAACUUCCUGCUAUGUGGGCCAAGAGGUCAUACCCUUCCCUCAAACCCCUGGGCAGCUACAUCAAUGACUUCCUGGAGAGACUUAAAUUCUUACAGAAAUGGUAUGAUGAGGGUAAGCCACCCACUUUCUGGUUGUCCGGCUUCUUCUUCACCCAGGCCUUCUUGACUGGAGUCAUGCAGAACUUUGCCAGAAAGUACACUAUCCCUAUUGAUACCCUGGCCUUUGAUUUUGAUGUAUUGAGUCAGGAGACUUCUGACAAAGCCCCAGAAGAUGGUUGUUAUGUUUAUGGCUUGUUCCUUGAUGGGGCCAGAUGGGACAAACACAAGGAUGUCCUAUCAGAACAACUUCCUAAGAUUCUGAAUGAACCCUUACCCAUGAUGUGGUUCAUCCCUAAAAAGAAAGUAGAGAUUGAUGAAUCGGACAAGAGAUAUAAAUGUCCAAUCUACAAGACAAGUGAGAGGAAGGGUGUAUUGUCCACUACCGGACAUUCUACAAACUUUGUGUUGGCCGUGCUGCUAAAUACAGAACACCCAGUACAGCACUGGAUCAAGAGAGGCUUGGCAUUACUUUGUCAGCUAGACUCUUAAAAACCCAUCUGUGUUACCCAGACGCUUGUAAUGUUUUAUUGUAUACUUCUUCAUCAGUUAUAGCACAGAAAUGGACAUUUUUUUGGACACUGAUUUUCAAGCAAGAUUGUGUAAUAUUAUGGUUGUUGAAUUUUUAAUUAUGAAAUGUUAUUAACAUGAAAUGUGAUAUGUAAAAAAGAAAUGUAGAGGAAAGUUUAUUUUUGUGUGAAUUCAUGUUUUAUUUUAAACAUUUUUUUUUUUUUUUUGCUGUGUGUAUAUUUGAAAGCAGAAAUCUGAUGUUGUAUUACAUUAUAAACUUUGAUGCAAUUUUUCAGAUAUAAAGAAAGAGUUUUACUCUAUAAUUUACAGGCUUUGAUGAGAACAAUGCAUUAUUUGAUAUUGAUUAAUGAAUCAUCUUGUUUGAAGACUUUGAAGAUUAUAUAUAUAUUCAUUGAUGAUGAAAUAUUAUUGCAUUCCGGCCAGUGUUGAGUUCUGCUACGUGUAAAUCUCCAUGAUUACAGAACUUUAUUGUGAUAAAUUACACUUUUUUUUGUUGAAGCAGACAGUGCAUAUAUACAGUCACAUAUUUAUUUUCAGAAAUUUCUUUUACAUUGAUAUUGUGUAAUAUUUGCAAGUAUUUGUUAAUUUUUUUCACUAAUUUCCCAAUGUCUAACACAGUCAUUGUUAUUAUCUGUGAUAU